AUGUCGUUUGUAGACACUCUGCGGCAGUGGGAUGAGGCCGUCACCUGUGCUGACGGUGGGGAUUACACCAGAGCGCUCAGCAUUUUCCUCUCCAUUCAAGAGCCAAACUCCAAGAUAUGCUUUGACAUUGGCUGCCUCCAUCUGCUUAACCAAGAGUUGGAUGCGGCCGAAAAGCCGUUAAGGCUGGGAUGGAACUUGGCCAUAACACCGUGUCUGAAAGUGCAAGUCACUGUGAAAGAAGAAGUAGGAUUCACCUUUUUUCAGGUCUUACAGAGGAAGUAUGAGGAGAGCCUGGCUGACUUCCAGAGAACACUCAGAGCACUGAGGGGCAACCAGUUGAUCGAUUACAAAGCCCUGGGCCUCAGAUACAUAUUGUAUGCAUGUGAGGUUCUCCACAAUAUGGCCCUCGCUGAGGCCCAGCUGGGGGACUGGCAAAAAGCCCAGGAAAACCUGCUGAAGGCCUUGGACUACAAAACAGAGGCCAAGUUCAGUGUCAUUGAUCGAGCUCUGCAGUCCAUCCUGAAACAGAAACAUUUCAAACCAGUUGAGUUCCCAUCGAAAAUGCUAUUUAAACCGAACAAGCACUACGUGGCUGAGCUGGAGAAGAAGGAUUAUCUGGGCAAAGCCAAGGUUGUUGCGUCUGUUAUUCCACAAGACGAGUUCUCUGGAUUUGCUCCACUACAGCCACAGAUAGUGGACGGUCCGGCUUCUCCAAGAGAACCUGAGGUUCUGAGAGCUUUGGAAGGAGAACCCCACACCGUGCUGUUUGAGUUUGUUCCUGAGACCAGCGACGAGCUCGCCGUGGUGCCGGGGAACAUCGUGUUUGUGCUGCAGAAGGGAGCCGACAAUUGGGCCUACGUGGUCUUCAACGAAAGAAAGGGCCUUGUUCCCUACAAUUACCUGGAACGUCUGGAAAUCAGUUUGGCUUCUCAACGGAAUAAGGGUUUGACUGAGCCUCCAAGUAGAGAACCCCCGACGAGACCCGAGAGGAUUCAAGGUCUUACUCCUGGUGAGAACGGCACAGGAAACUCAAAGCAGGAGGAGGCCCAGCCGGGAGACCAGACAGUUGUCGUCAAAGUCCGUUUCACUUUCACCUUCAUGGUCUCCGUGCCACGCGGGGCUUCCUACGAGCUGCUGGUCGAAAAAAUAGGAGAGAAGCUGGAGCUGCCUUCUGCAGCAAUAACUCUGAGCUUAGAUCCAAGUGGGCAACGUGUCAUUGAUGCCACCACUCAGAUGGAGGAUGUGUGGAGCCUGGUCAGUGAAGGCCGCCUCACCCUGUGGUGUAGCACCAGAGAGCAAAAAGAAGAAAAUCCACAGAGUGAGACUCAUCUGGUGGCUCUUCACACCUAUGAGUCCUCAAACCCCGAAGAUCUAAACUUUAAAGAAGGAGAUACGAUCACUUUUCUCUCCAGAGUUAACCAGGACUGGUUGGAGGGGCAGUGUAAUGGGAGUACUGGAAUAUUUCCUGCGGCGUUUGUGGAGGAAGUUCCUGGAAAAGAACAGUGAUGGAUAUAAAAACAAAGCCCUUUCCAACAGCAUUAUUAUGUA